AUGCAUCCUGACUUGUCUCCAAACCUGCACACUAAAGAAUGCAACACCUUGAUGACCUUGCUAAAGGAAUGCCACAAAAAUCACAGCGUUCUGAACUUUUGUGGUCAUUGCAAUGAUCUUAAUCGGGAGAUGAGAAAAUGCCUGAAAACUGAGUACGUGGAAACAAGGACCAGGAGCAGGGAGCAUGGUGAUGUGAUGCGAAAAAUACUCUUGAAUUCCCCAGAGGAGUCUGGGAAAUGA